GUUUUCAACUUCAGUCUGGAAAUAUCUGUGGUAGUACUUUAUCAAAAUUUUAUCAAAAACACCUGAAAAUAAUAUGGAUAACCAAAUUACUUCGCUAGUUUAUUGAGUGAAUAACUCAUCGAUCAUAGCUGAUAAAGUCUUAAAAAUAAUUUCUAUGCUUUUACAUGAUAUAUAUGCAUAAACGUGCUCGUGAUUAUAUUUUUCCGGCAAACAGGUUCGCGCGUGAAGUAUGGCACACUAAGGUCAUUCUUUGUUUACAAUCUCCAUUCCGGUAAAAGUGAUAAAUCAUAAACAUGGCAAGAUAUUUCGAGAAUACUACUGUGUUUAAUUUUAGUUGGGACCAAGUAGCACGUGGAUACUGGAGGAGGUAUCCGAAUCCACAAAGCACUCAUGUGCUAUCUGAGGAUACAUGGAGCAGAUGUGUGAAGGAUGGGUGUUUAUAUACAAAAAGACUGCUGACUAAAACAAAUAGAGUACCAAAAUGGGGAGAAAGAUUCUUCAAUGCAAAAUCAGUCAAAAUUAUAGAAGAGAGUGUUGUGGACCCUGAAAAGAAAGUACUGAUCACAUACACUAGGAAUUUAGGUUACACUAAAGUUAUGAGUGUGGUGGAGCGGGUGGAGUACCGGCCGGCGGGCCCCUCGCAGACCGUGUGCGUGCGCUCGGCGUGGGUCGACUCGCAGGUGUUCGGCUUCUCGCGGGCCAUACGCGCCUUCGGCGUCGACCGGUUUAGGAAGAACGCGUCGCAGAUGGUGAACGGCUUCAACUUCGUCCUCCACAACAUGUUCCCCCGCCAGGCCGCCGCUCACACCGUCUCGCACACGCUCAAGGAGAUGCGCGAGGCGGCCGCCGCGGCCACCGACCGCGCCAAGGCGAACGUUCUCUCCUCCGUCAACAGGACGUAGGGGGAGUAGAUGGGCCCCGCGGCCUAUAUACUGUUUUGUCCUUGUAAAUGUAACAGUUCCGCUUCUAUUGCACGUUCGGAUGGGUUGGAUUUGCUCCAAAAGUCUUAAAGCCUGGAGCCUUCUGGAAUCUUUUUGAGUUGAGGAGCCAAUCCAACCAGGCUGUAAGCCAAAACAGACAUCCAGGUAUACAGGCUAAAGUCUUGAAGUCUUGGAGUUAAUCCAACCGGAUCUGUUAGCCAAAACAGAUAUUCAGAUAGGUUUAAAGGCCCAGGUAGACCUCAAGUACAGUUACUAUUUAGGCCAGUUGAUUUGACUAAAGGUGGUAAAGGUCUGGUAAUAAUUAAGCUUACAUCAAAUUAACUAUUGUACAGUUUACUUAAUGUAGAAUUUCUAAUUUUUGCUUUGGAUUGCUAAUUGUUUAAAAUAUCAAGGCCCGUGAUGCCUGGUUGGUUAAAGCAGUAACAGUAAUAUAAGCAUAUGCAUAUUUUGGUCACCUUAAAUAUCCCUCUAUGUUAUAUGCAGGUCAUUAGGGGGAUUUUAAGAGUCUUUUUAAUGAGAACAUAUAGAAAUCUUAUUCCGCAACAUUGAUGCAAUAUUUUGAUCUAAGUAUACAUGAUUCUACAAGGAAGAAAAGUGAGAGAUCUUCUCCCGAUUAGUAAAACAAUAAUAAUAUAUUCAUGGCGCUUAAUGGUGUUUAAAUAUAAUAAACUAUAUUUUAUGAUAAUUAUUAUUUUUUUUUUGGAAUGGAGGAAGUUAGUGCAAAAAAUUGCAUAUGUUGUAAAUUUGUAUAUUAAAUACCAUUUAAUACCAGAUUAAUAUUUAUGGGCUAAAAUUGUAUGCAAUUUGGGAAUCAUUGCUGUAUGUAUAAAAACAUUAAUUGUACAUAAAAAGAAAUAUUCUUAAUCAUAUUUAUAUGAAAAAUAAAUUAAUCCCUAAAUUUAUAGAGACAUAUUAUUCUAUAGCUUAUCAAGUAUGAAAUCCGUUUAAAUAUAUAUAAAAGAGGACUAUUGAAGUGGUUAGAUUUUAAUAUGUAUUAUUAAUAUUAUAUGCAAAAUAUUUUUGCAAAAUGAUUGAAAAACUUCACUCUCUUCGUACUCACAGAGAAUGCAUUUAGUAUGUAUAAAGGUAAAUAAAAUGUGAACAAAUGGAUGUAAUUUCGUCAUAAAAUCGAUCGAAGAAUGCAUAGUUGUUUUAAACGAACGAAUAUUGUAUCAAGAGAAUGUAUUUUUACCAUAAAUAUGUAUUAUAAUGAAUAUAUGUGACAUUAUCAAGGAAAAUGGCUUUGUGGUGUAAAUUUUAGAGAAAAUCUUAUAAAUACAUAAGAAGUAACUAGAAAAAGGAUUUUUUUUUUCUUAAUAAAUGUUACAUAUAUUUUUUCUUUGCAUUUUAUUUUAUGUUGAUGAACGAAAUUAUGUUGACCUAUUUUUUUUAUAAGGCAAUAUUAAAAUAUGCUUGUACAGUUUGUAAGUUAUUGACACCUUUUCAUAGUUAUAGAGGCUUAUUCAGUUUCUGGUUAUAGUAAAAAAUAAAA